GCCAACGAGCCAACAGGCCACACCCUUGUGCGAACCGCACACAAAGUCAUGGCACCACGCGGACGCCGAGGGAACGAGACACUAGUCCGGGCACUAGUCAUGGCUGCGUGCUGUCUCGUGUCAGGCACGUCCUUUGGUGUCGGCAUGCGAACGGCAGUCCGAACGUCACCAGCCAGAGUCGUACGUACUCAAGCCGUCGCACCUCGCGCUUGGCUGCGCAAGGGCGGGCAGCAGCGAGGUCGCGCAGGCAUGACGUCCAUGUCGGCUUCUGAGGUCGCAAGCAGCACAGACGUCGCUCCGGGUAAAGAGACCAGCUUGAAGGUGCCUGUCAAGAAGCGCAUCGUUUCGGGAGUGCAGCCCACAGGAAAUCUCCACUUCGGCAACUACUUGGGAGCCAUAAAGCAGUGGGUCGACAACCAGGACAAGUACGACAACUUCUUCUUCGUAGUGGACCUGCACGCCAUCACUGUUCCUCAGGAUCCGAAGAACCUCAAAGCAGGAGUGAUCAAUGCUGCCGCGACGUACCUCGCGGCUGGAAUAGACCCAGAAAAGUCCAAGGUGUUCGUCCAGUCACACGUAGGUGCGCACGCGGAGCUAACGUGGCUUUUGACCUGCGCAGCUCCCAUCAACUGGCUGGAGAAGAUGAUCCAGUUCAAGGAAAAGAAAACGAAGCAGGGCGAGAACGUGGGGACCGGGCUGCUGACGUAUCCGGUACUCAUGGCUUCGGAUAUCUUGCUCUACCGACCGGACCUGGUCCCUGUUGGGGAGGAUCAGCGACAGCACCUAGAGCUUACGAGAGACCUUGCACGAAGGUUUAACGACCAGUUCUGCAAGCGAAGAAGGAAAACCUUCAAGGACCCUCAGGCUCUCAUUGUGAAGGAGGGCGCGCGCGUGAUGUCCCUCACAGACGGCACGUCGAAGAUGAGCAAGUCUGACCCUGUGGAGGGUAGCCGCAUCAACCUCACGGACUCGCCGGAUGUUAUCGCCAAGAAGGCGAGUACUGCUCUUCGCAAGUGCAAGACAGACAUGCAUCAAGGUCUGGAGUGGGAUAACCCCGAACGCCCCGAGUGCACCAACCUCCUCACCAUCUACCAAGCGGUGACUGGCAAAAGUCGCGAAGAGGUCUCUCUGGAGGUUGGAGACAUGAGCUGGGGGACUUUCAAGCCUCUCCUGGCGGAUGCCACUGUGGAGCACCUUAGGCCUCUACAGGCGCGAUACAAGGAUAUUCUCGAGGAUCGUUCGUACCUCAACAAGGUGCUGCGAGAUGGCGCGGAGGCCGCAGAUGAGGUGGCUUCUGAGACCUUAGGAUGGGCCAAGGAGGCGAUGGGCAUUUCUUCGCUCAAGGACUUCCAGUAGACUAGAUUGUACUCUUGGUUUUCCACGCGUAGCAGGAGGCACUGGGGAAGUACUGUUUUCUUUGUAAAUGGAAUGGAAUGGCGAAAUAUUUGAUUGCUGUUUCGAAGCGAAUUCAAUCUGUGCACUUUACUCUCGCAAGUAGCUACUGCCCCGAGCGGCAUGACUUCGCGAAGUGUACGGACGUUUCUGCAACCCCGCGUGAGACUGGCCUCAACCACUUCAGUGAGGAGCACGUCACCGCUGCACGACCAAAACUGAUGUGAUGGUCAGGGAACGUUUCCUUCCGUAGUCGGUGGCCUCUUCAAGUGUCUCCAAUGUUUCCUCCCCUGUUGAAUUGACCGUCUUUAGGACGAUUCGCGGUUUCCUGGCUCAACCAACGUCUCCUGACACUAGGACCAGAUCUGGACUAAGACAAUGAGUUGGAGGGAGCCAACGCUGGCAUCGGUAUCCUCUGUUGCCGUUACGUGUUGAAUGUGCCAACCACCCUUGGUGCAACCGGCCUCAACAGUAUUCCAAUCCACUGGCCGUGCACACGCUGCCGUUGAACGGAUUUUCUGUCAACCCUACCGAGCAAUUCUUUAGCGCAAGUGGGACUUUUUGUCUAGAGCAGAGCACAUGCGUCACGUCCAAUACCAAUUUGGUGGAGUCCGUGUACGUAACCUGCUUCAAGUUGCCCCCCGGGACUAUAGAUAUUUCUUCAGAAAAUCCUCCCCCACCCCCUAGGGUUCAUGUAGUUGCGGGUUGUUCGUUGAACAAGAAGGAGAGGGAAGUGUACAUGGCUGAGCUGGGAAAAAUAUAAGGAAGGUACAGAGAGAUGUUUGAGGCAUGGAAUCGCGAGGAAAAGACGGUAGCCGUAAUGGUGCAUGGGAAGAGGGUUGAAAAGGCGGGA